AGGAAAGCCGAGCUUUUUGUCGUCGCGCAUCUUCGCGAAUCAUCAAAAUCGAGACUUUCGCGCGCAGCCUUGUCACCACAAAUCGCCCUUGCGCCUCGCGCUCUGCUAUUCUUACCACAACUUUAAAUCUAUUAAACCAAAUUUAUCUGCUUACCUUCAGUGAUAUCAGUAUUAAUCAAUUGAGUGCGAUAAACAAAUCUGUCUCGUUCAAACGACAAUGUCAUCAAUGGGCGACCCCAGUUUCGGGGUCCAUAGAGACCUGCUUCCGCAUGUGCACCUCAUUUCUACAUACAGAUACACUGUCAAAGCUCGAGUCGAACCUUCGGAAGUGACCGCUUGGUUGAUGCAAGCCCCUAAAAUAGCCCGUGACACCGCGCCGUUCUUCUGGACCUACCUCGAUCGACCCGAAAAUGGCAAUAUCUUCUUAACAUGGCAGCCUUUACAGCAGAUGGGUGUUAACUUUGCCAGCGAUGGUUUCAUCUGGCCUCCCCAGGAACAAUACUUACAGCAGGAUGUAGGAAACGGUGUGAUCCUUGAAAUGUAUUAUCACAAAGCUGGAUUUGCCUAUGGAGAACCUUUCGCGACACAUUCGAGACGCCGUUUUCGCCUCAUUCCUCCUAAUAUCCACAAUCCGAAUGCUCCUCAGGUUGAUCCUAGUUUAUGGAUAGUUCACUACGGGCCUGUCGAUAAUAACGAGCGUAUUCCUCACCAGAUGAUUCCCCGCGACCCCCGACUUCAGUCUAUUCUAGAAACCCGCGCGUACCUUCAACGAUGCGGUCAGAUCCAACGGAAGGAGUUCAUCCUCAGCGACCGAGUGAACUGGCCUCAGAUCGCUUGGCCGAGAGAACCGUCAAGGCAACCCAUGUUUCCAGGCCCUCGCGGGGUGCCGCAAACAAUGGCAUAUCCCACUCACCCUCCUACGGCUGGUGGGCCCCCAUCAAAACGAGCGCGGACUGGCCAAGCUGCACAAGGCCAAGUAGCUUCCGCCAUACCUGCUAUUUCCCAGCAAGAAGGCGUAUAUGACGAUGAUGAAGACACCUCUCGUGGCGAUAUGUUCGAUCAUCUUACACCCCGUGAAGUGAGUUUGGCUCGCUACCGACAAAAUCACGAGUGGAUGGAAGAGAUAUUAUCAUCGCCCUACAGAAUGGGUCAAAUUAGAUUUUCAGAUCUUGGGCUAGGUCUCAAGGGAGAGCUUUCAGAUUUAACUGAUGGCAUUUUUGAGGCUCAUGGUUUUAAUGCAGCCACUCAGACCCUUUCCAAACCUUCCACAGCCCAGUUUGAUCCGGAGAAGGCCGCGGAGUUCCGCAAGCGAGUUAAUGAUCGGCUUCGCUCUACACAGGCAGAGAUUGAGAAGAUGAAAGCUGACCACGCCAAGAAGGUGGCCAAGUUUAAGCAUAACUCCCUUCUUACUGUGGCCGAAAGGGAGUUACGAUCGGCUUUGGACGAGCCGGGUUCCGAUGUACUGCAACUGGAGGGGAAAAUCGACGAAAAUGAAGAAGAUACAAAUCGCUGGGCCUCUAAGCAUACUAAGAAGGUCGAUGAGAUUGUAUCUCAGGUUGAAGCCCAUCUAGGCCGCCGAGCAGAGGUCAUAUACGAAUUAAGGAGAAUACAAGACGGCGGCUAUCAAGAACCGGCUCCUGAGCCGACGCCCCAGGCGGUUUCGGGCUCGGGCCAUGUUAGCGAGCCUCAACACGGCGGGACAAGCGGUAGUGAUGUGAUAUCUCGCCAGCCAUCACAAGCCGGAUCUCAGCAUAGCGGUUUCAUGGGAGAUCACGAUAUCAACAUGGGCGGUGGAACCGCUGCUGGCCUCCUUGACCAAAUACAUACCGGAACUGGAGCUUCAUCCACCUCUACGCCGAUAAAUAAUUUCCCAACACCUCAAGCUCAGGCUUCAGCCGUUCAUUCCCGCGUUGCUACACCGGCGAAUGCGAAUGUUCCUUCGCCUACACAGCCCACCCAGACGGAUAGCACCGGGGAUGUGAAUAUGAGUGGCGUUGCUGAUGCGUCGGCAGGAACCGCUCCUGACCAAGGGACGGGGAGCGGUGACUGGGUAGUUGUCCCCAAAGCCGGCGCCGUUCCGGAUAGUAACGCGGGGGGGACACCCGCCAGCAACCCACCAAAGCCCGUAGACGCUCCGAGCAAGCAAGCAUCUGCAACCGGAACCCCCUCAGCAGGGUUUGAUGGCGAGCAGAACGAGUUCAGCUCAUUAGACGAUUUGAAUACGGCCGGCGAUGCGCUGGCAGGGUUUAGCGAGACGCCUGGCGACUUGGGUGAGGGCCUGGAUAUGGAAAUGGAAGAUUCAGCGUUCGGUGAUGCUUUCCAUGGCGUAGACACGCAGCAAGGGGGAGGCACGCCGGCCGAAGGCAACAUCUAGGAACUGCCGUACUUCGAUCUUUCCUUCCCCGUUGAAAACGGAUACUAUGGAAGCUUAGAGGAUGGGGGAGAUAGCUUUGCGUAAUUCGGCGAAGUAGCCUCAUUACUUUUGCACACGGCAAAUCACGACGAGAAGAAUUCCGGGGACAGAUGGAUGUAUUUGAGGGGCGUUUCGGGUUCUUACAGGUAAAUUUACGACCUGCUAAUGGCUUAACUCGCUAAAGGCAGUCAACCUAAAUGUACUAUUAUAUCUGCAGGCUCAUCAUUGGCACCGAGAAUGAGCCUCUUCUAAGGAACUGAGCUACCUUGCGUUCUAUUUAAUAUGAGCUCAGUCCCAUCAAUCCGAGCAAAUUGCAUUGGGGAUGCUGGCUUGACUACGAAUAGGUACUAUGAUCUUAAGUCGCUGCGUAUAACUGACGUGACAAAAUCUACCGAAAAUCAAGUUGAUACCCUACUCUCGAUUUUUCAGGGGGUGACGGAAAUUGAAAAGCUCGUCUGAAGAGAACUAAAUAUCUCCGAAAGGAGUUAGGUAACCACUAUGAAUCUCCGUACUCCCAAGCGAGACUUGAAGUUGAUUUUAGGCUGGUGGCUGGCUUGGUUUGCUUG